UUCCAUGAACUGUUCAUUUUAUAGUAUCGGAUAAAUCAGGUCUUUAUGAUAAAUAUACAAUUAUGACGAAUAAUACUGAUUUUGAUUAUCGUAAAACGUGGUCCUGACUUCAUAGUAUCCAUUGCUCACUACUGUAUACCUAAUCCAUACAGUCCGUGGACAAGUGAACACAAUUAAUAAAAAAAAACAGUGGAUUACUUGCCACUUGGCUCCGUAGUUCGUUGUCUUGUUAAUUAAAUCGUCAUCGCUACUUUUCCAACUGUCUAGAACCACCUUAAUCGUUUGAACAAAUAUUAUAAGAAAAACAACGGAUUUCACGGUGCUAUUCUCUAAAAAAACUGAAACUACCUAUUGUAAUAUUAAUAAAUGUGUUCUAUUAAAUAGGUCUGUGUCCAAGACAUAACAACACCCAAAAAUGAGUCAUAGAAAAUCAAAGAAAAACACAAAUUGUGUCACCAACCAUGUCCAAUCUGGAAGCCAGAACUCCGAGCCAGAAAAAGUUAUUGAUGCCAUGUUAAUAUAUGGUAACAUCAAUUAUUUGAUAAAGUGGAAAGAUGUAGACACGGUUGUAAUUCUUAAAUCGGAAGUUGUGAUAAACAAGUGGCCUCAAGUAGUCAUUCGGUAUUUUGAACGUAUCACUGUGUUUAUAAAAUAAUUAUCCACCUUAAAAACCACGAAGAAAGUUCAAAUAUUGCCACAGAUUACAUAUACAAAAUGUAAUAUUUUUUUAUGUUAUAACUACUGUGUUCAAUAUUUUUAUUAAUUUAUUAACAAUUUUUUUUUAAAAAGUAUAUUUUUGCUUGUGAAAACAUCAACGUCACAAAUUAAAAAGAAUUAAUAUUGUCACAUUUUACACCCAUUUAGUCCAAGAUUGUUUAAUUUGUUUUUCAAUGACAGUUACGAGGUAAUAAAUAUUUUACAUAC